AUGCCGACGAAAAAACUGGCUAACGUUUACUCUGAUACGUUUAUAAUGAUACAAACUGCGCGGUCGGACAAAGGAGAGGCGUCGUAUGAGAACGGGCGGCGUGCCACCGCGGCAAAUCUAAUUGACACGGGUCGUUUACCGAGUGACAAUUGGAGCUGCCGGCUAUGGCACAUACAGACUCCUUGGCGUACAGCGCGCCGGACUCCGGCGCGGAACAAAGGGCGCGCCGUGAACCGCGACCGUCUCGCCUCGCUACCCGGGCCCCGUGCGCCGACGCACACGCGCGAUAUAUACUGGCCGCGCGGCUACACCACGGGCGGUCCGCGGGAGGCGGGCGCGUACUACCCCGAGGCGGGCGGCGCCACAUCCGCGCCGGGCGCUUCGCCCCUGGAGGAGUACUACCCGCCGGAGUACCCGUCCGGCGCGCCCGCCGCGCCGCCGCAGCCCUACCUCGACGACUACUACCACCACGCGCACGCCCACGCGCAACCGCUGCUCACGCACGAGCACAAGUACCAGCCUCACACCUACACAAAGCCCUACCCGAGAAGCACCGGGGGACGGUACGGCGGCGAGGUGUACGGCGAGGGCUACGCGACGGAGUACGGGGGCGCCUGCGACUGGAGCGAAUGGCCGGCGGAGCAGCACGCGCUUAUACCGCAGGACAAGCUGCCUUACCCGGCGUCCGGGCCCUGCUUCACUGGUUCAGGCCCAAUCCAACUGUGGCAGUUCCUGCUGGAGUUGCUCACGGACAAGAGCUGCCAAGGGUUCAUCUCCUGGACCGGAGACGGCUGGGAGUUCAAGCUGACUGACCCUGAUGAGGUGGCCAGACGUUGGGGCAUCCGCAAGAACAAACCCAAGAUGAACUACGAGAAGCUGUCGCGAGGCCUCCGCUACUACUACGACAAGAAUAUCAUCCACAAGACUGCGGGCAAGCGUUACGUGUACCGCUUCGUGUGCGAUCUGCAGAGUCUGCUCGGGAUAUCGCCGGAGCAGCUGCACGCGAUGUACGAACCCAAGAUGGAAAAGAAGGACGACGAU